AUGGUGGACGCGUCCAGCAUAGCCGUUGGCGCCGUUCUUCAACAACACGUGUCCGGGGCCUGGCGACCGCUGGCCUUCUUCUCCCGUAAACUUAAGCCCCAGGAGACGCGGUACAGCACGUUUGGCAGAGAGCUUCUCGCCGUGUACCUGUCAAUCAAGCACUUUCGUCACUUCUUGGAAGGUGCAUUUACGGUAUUCACGGACCACAAACCCCUCGUCUACGCGUUCUCCUCCGCCAGCACCACAUAUAGUCCCCGCGAACUUCGACACCUUGCAUUCGUGGCAGAGUUCAGCACCGACAUCCAGCACAUCAGUGGUGCCGACAAUUUGGUAGCUGACGCCCUCAGUCGUGUCAGCACGAUCGGCAUACCGACCUCCCCACCGUCUCUCGACGAUUUAGGGCAAGCCCAACUCACCGACGAUGAGCUGGCACAGUACCGCGCCAACCCCACAUCCGCUUUAACAAUUGACGACGUCGCCAUACCUGGCUCGCGUUGCAAGAUACAGAGACACACCCACCGACCCCCAUCCCAGUUCCUUCCCCCCGACGACAGCUUCGCGCAUAUCCAUGUGGACCUCGUGGGACCACUCCCAAUCUGCGACGGUCACCGCUACAUGCUCACUAUCGUUGACCGCUUCACCCGUUGGCCAGAAGCAACCCCGGUCCCCGACGCCACCGCGGCCACCGUCGCUUCGGCCCUCCUAACAACAUGGGUGUCGCGGUACGGCGUUCCUUCCAUCAUCACGACGGACCGCGGCGCCCAAUCUGAGUCCGCCCUCUUCACCAGCUUCACCAACAUACUGGGCGCCAGACGGAUUCGUACUACCGCGUACCACCCGGCCUCCAAUGGCAUGGUGGAACGGCUUCACCGUCAGCUAAAAGCCGCCCUCCAGGCGUCGCCUCAAGUCCCGUGGACCGAAGUUCUCCCCAUUGUCCUUCUCGGGAUCCGAUCGGCUUUCAAACCCGACUUGGGUUGCUCAACAGCCGAGUUGUUCUAUGGCACCUCAUUGCGACUCCCCGGCGACCUCAUCUCUGCCGCAGCGGACCCCGCAGUCGUACCACCAGCCGGCUAUUUGUCCCGACUACGAGACACGAUGAAUGCUCUUUGUCCCAGCCCCACCCGCACACCACGCACUGCCACCGGUUUCCAGCACCCCGCCCUCGAAACUUGCUCGCAUGUUUUCCUUCGCUGCGACGCCGUGAGGAAAGCCUUGCAACAACCCUACUCUGGUCCUCACGCCGUACAGCACAGAGCCUCCACCCACUACACCAUCCUGGUCAGCGGCCGAGAACAAACUGUCGCGCUGGAACGUCUCAAGCCAGCUUUCCUCGAGGCCCCUCAAGACACAUCCAACGCUUGCUCCAUCGGUGUUUCUCCGGACCUGGACCUUGGCAAUCCUACUAGCCCUCCCCAUCGACCCCCCUCCAGUCCUCCUGCCUGCCGCAACAACCGCAAAUGGACCCUCGCCCCCGAGUUUCCUGGGCACCACACCUCCACAUCGCUCAUUACCUUCCGGCCACGGAGUAAGAAGACUAGGAGAUGA